CUCUCUGAAAUUUUGUAGACACUGAACAUACUUGAAAUUUCUCACGUUGCUGACUCGCUUAUCGGGGAUGAGGAAACAAGAGGAAUUUCUGGAGGACAACGAAAAAGAGUAAACAUUGGAAUGGAAUUGAUUGCUGAUCCAACUUUGCUUUUUUUGGAUGAACCUACCAGUGGUUUAGACAGUACAUCAAGUUUGUCUGUGUUGAGAUCACUACGAAAAGUAGCUGAGCAAGGAAAAUUGACGGUGUUGUGCGUCAUACAUCAACCUCGUUUUGAAAUAUUUCGAAUGUUUCACAACAUUUUGCUUCUUGGUCCUGGCGGUAAAACAGUUUAUCAAGGCAACGUACCUAACGCAGAGGAAUACUUUUCAAACCUCGGAUUUAAAACACCUGCAAAUGUUAAUCCGGCUGACUUUUAUAUGGAUGUGAUUGGUGGCUCAGUCGAGUCAUCUAAAAAUGGAGAAAUUGAUCUAUUUAAUGCCUGGAAUGACCACCCACAAAGUACUAUGAUCUCCAGUCAUGACGAAGAACAACCCAAACCUAAAGUAAAAAAACGUGUUCUUCCUAAUCCGUUUAUUCAGCUUCUCAUAUUCACUCAAAGAGAAUUUAUUCUUCAAUAUCGAUCAAGAAAAACUUUGUUAAUUGAUACAUUUCUUGUUUUCUUUGCUGGAGCUGUUCUUGGAGCACUUUAUCUUGAGGUAACUUUAGAAAAGUUUACUGGUUUGACAAGAAUGAGUGGAAUGGCUAUUGGUCUGACGACAAUGUUAGCAUCUCUGAGAUGUUUUGGAAAUCACCGAACUACAUUUUGGAGAGAAAGUGCUGCUGGUGUAAAUCGGCUUAGCUAUUUCCUUGCUGUAAACUUUUCCCAAAUUCCCAUCUUAUUGAUUAUGCCAUUGGUCUACCUGAGCUUUCUAUACACUCUUACCUCACCUAGAUCCUAUCUUGCGGCGCAUUACUUAGCUGUAUUUUGUGCUCAGUUUUGCUGCUCCGGAAUUGGUUACGCAAUAUCCACAAUAUUUAAUCCUAAGAGUUCCCAAAUGGCAUCUGUCGUUGUAGUAUUAGUUAUGGCUAUGUUGUCUGGUUUUUCUCCUACUCUAUGCAAGCUAGACAAAUUAACAUUUUUUGGACCACUUGCUUACAACCUUUCAUUUAUCCGUUGGUUUGUCGAAGCCCUGUUUGAAAAGGAGGCAUUACGUUAUCCUGACGUUGAUCGUCCAAUACGUGACGGUAUCGCUUUUCAAGAUCAUUACAGUUUAGAUGGAAACUAUUCUUUCUGUUUGGGAAUGAUUGUUAUCAUGGCUUUCGUUUAUCGUUUAUUUGCUUUAUUGUUUUUGUUGUUUACAAAUCGUGGAAAACAGCAAUAAAACAAAGCAAGAGGAUAGUUUUGCAAAGGUAUAACUCGUAUAUAUCAUAGGGUAGUAAUGAAAAUUUCAGUGAAGGCAAGGAAAACAUCAUUGCUCAUCGUGUCUUCAACGUUUUUAUAGCUAGUAGUUGCAUGUAUUUGUGAAAAAAUAUUAUAACGACAUAGUGUUUUGUAAGCUGUGACACCUGUUACUUUUUGUCUUGGUAACUUUUUAUGUCAUAUGAAUAAAAUUAACUAUCAAUUAUAUACCUUCAAUGAAUUUGGCAAAGUGAACAAUUUAUGAUAAAAUUCUCAGGUUAGAA